GCCGUGCACUAUAAAACGCUAACGCUUAUGCGUUUCGGAAUUUAGGGAUUUGCGUUCAGUCGUGCACCUCACUGUGCUGUGCUGCGUAGUGAUUUUGGGGUAAGGGUUUCUCUUCUCUUCUCAUCGUACAGCUUGCAGUUACAGCACCGAAAAAGGGUUUGCCUAACACUGCUCGUGAAAUUGACGGGUUGUUCAGUUCGUGAAUAGAUUGUUUUGUUGCUUGUUCUAAAAAUUAGUGGAUUUUAAAAAAUACCGAACUGCUUUAAGUGAAAAAAAAUGCAGAAUAAAGAAGCAGUCUUGGAAGAUGGGAAAAUAAAGUCUGUGACUGUCGCAGACUGUGAGAUUGCUAGAGAGUCUGAAUUGGGUGAGUGGGCCAAUUUUGGGGAUGAUGACAUAAUGCAGCAGCAGUAUGAAAUUCAGGCUGAGGAAGGCAAGAAAGUUCCAUUUGUGGGUGACAAGGAACCACUGAGUAGCUUAGCUGCUGAAUAUAAAUCAGGCAGUCCUAUUUUGCUGGAAAAAAUAAGGGUGCUUGAUGAGCAAUAUGAUGCCAUACGUCGUACUCGGGGAGAUGGAAACUGCUUCUUUCGAUGCUUUAUGUUUUCGUAUCUUGAGCAUAUUAUGGAAUGUCAAGACCAAGCAGAAAUUGAUCGCAUCAAAGCCAAUGUUGAAAAAAGUAGAAAAGCACUGCAGACCUUGGGUUAUGCAGACUUGACUUUUGAAGAUUUUUUUUCGUUAUUCCUUGAGCAGCUGGAAUGUGUUAUUCAAGGGAAAGAGACUUCUAUAAGUCAUGAAGAGCUUGUUCUCAGAAGCCGAGAUCAGCCAACGUCUGAUUAUGUGGUUAUGUUCUUCAGAUUUGUGACCUCUGCUGAAAUACAAAAGCGCAAAGAAUUUUUUGAACCUUUUAUACUGGGCUUAACUAAUACAACAGUCGAGCAGUUUUGCCAAUCUUCUGUUGAACCAAUGGGUGAAGAGAGCGAUCAUGUGCACAUUACGGCCCUUUCAGAUGCAUUGGGCAUUCCAAUCCGUGUUGUGUACCUUGACCGCAGUUCAUGUGAUACUGGUGGUGUCAGUGUUAAUCAUCAUGAUUUCAUGCCAGUGGCUGGUGAUCUCCCAAAUGCUAGUUGUAGCUCCGAAAAGAACAUUCCUUUCAUCACACUGCUGUAUCGCCCUGGUCACUAUGACAUCCUCUAUCCAAAAUGAUGACCUUUUGGGAAGACCCUUUGUUUACUACUUUUUUGAUGGUGUGGAGCCGCAACAGCUUUGCACUCAACUUGUGUUGGUUGCUAAAGGACAUGUGUCGUCUGUACCUUGUUAAUGUUGAACGAUCAAUUUUCUUGAAUGUUGUUAUAUUGAUCAGCAAAGUACUUCAACAUUAACGCACUAACAAUCAAAACUCAGCUUGAUGCUUUUCUUGUUGGCCAUGAUUUCAUUCUCAAUAUCUUUGCAUUUGAUUGGUCAA